CUACAAUCCCACAGCUGCAUAGCGUUACUCUGCAAUGGCGAGGUUCUUGGUGGACUACCUACCGAAGACUUCUUAAUUAAAGUUACUAUCAGUCAAAUACACGCGGAUUUUUUUUAUUUUGCAAAGUUUAGGUGUAUUGUUUUUGACAUUGCGUUCGGUCAGCCCAAAGCCCAUUUUUUGUUGUUGUCGCUUUUUAUUAGCAUACUUACAACUGUGACAGUUUUAUUUCGAAGGGGCAACAUGCUGUUUUAUUUGAUACUGAAGUCCCAGCAGGUGAGGUCAGCCCGGUGCUGCGGCUUUCGAUGCUACCGACAGUUGCACAGGGACGGCGGGAGCUUGCAGCGCGCCUCGCCCACAGCUGCCGUGCGGUCCGUCUGUGCGGCCGGGCUCCGCAGCGCCCUGCACGUCCCCAAACUGGGCGUCCUGGCCGAUCCCGGGCUCAGAAGGGGGAAGCAUGAAAGUUCAGGGCAGUUACCCGCGCAGGGGCGCCGAGGCGACACUUCGACACUGUCCACAGCCCAGAAAGUCAAGAAAGCUGGGAAGGAUUUCACGUAUCUAAUUGUGGUGCUUGUUGGGAUUGGAGUAACAGGUGGAUUAUUCUAUGUUGUCUUCAAGGAGUUGUUUUCAUCUUCUAGUCCAAGCAAAAUCUAUGGAAAGGCUUUGGAGAAAUGCAGAGCACAUCCAGAGAUCAUUGGAGUGUUUGGAGAGCCGAUCAGAGGCUACGGGGAGACGACGCGCCGUGGCAGAAGGCAGCAUGUGAGUCACAUGGAGUACAUGAAGGAUGGGGUCAAGCACAUGAGGUUAAAGUUUUACAUCGAUGGGGCUGAACCAAGACUGCAAGGAACUGCACAUGCAGAAGUUCUGGAGAAUCCCAAAACAGGAAAAUAUGAAUUCCGCUACCUGUUUGUGGACGUAGAUACAUACCCACGAAGAACAAUUGUUGUUGAAGAUAACCGAUAAAGGCAUUGAUUAGCAGGAUAGAAUAUCUUAUUACAACCAAUAACAAUUCUGGUUCAGUGUGGAAGCUUUUCUGUCAGCAGACGUGAUGAUUUGAGAAGAGAAUAAAGAUGGGAUUUGUUUAUCUGGA